AUGUUUGUUCAGUCAAAGCUUAUUCAAGCUAAUAAAUUUGCGGGAUAUUGCCUAAAAUUUUCUAUCCAAAGUGAUUUUGAACAUCAAAUUAAAACUUCAAUUGAAGUACUGAACGAAAUAGUUCCUUUAAAUGUUAAGUAUGAAUGUAAAAGCAAUGUUAGAUCAAACACUUUACGUCAACAAGCUGAUAAGUUAUUUUUUGAAAUAAAAGGCACAGUAAGUGGACUUUUGCAUGUAUGGAAAAUUUAUUCCGAAAGUAUAGCUUAUGCAGAAAAUAAUUCUAAAGAAUUACCUUUAGCAUAUGCUAAUAGAUCAGCAGUUUUAUAUCAUUUGAAAAACUAUGAAGAGUGUGUAAGGGACAUCAACAAAACAUUACAAUUAAGUUAUCCUGAUUCUUAUAGAGCUAAUUUAAUAAGAAGAAAAGCCAAAUGUUUGAAGUUAUUAGGUAAACCAGAAGCUGAUAAUGAUUGUCAAGAAGCCACGAAAUGGUUGGAAAAUGUACAAUUAAGUGACAACAAUAAAGAAGAAAUUACAAAAAACAUACAGUCUGCUACAAAAUUUAAUAUGCAAAAGUCUCAAAGUAACAUGAUAAGACAAGCUUUACCAAAUAUUGUAAAAAACAAUAAGAUCCCCUGUGCAUCAGAUGCUGUGGAUAUAAAGUAUAAUGUGAACUAUGGAAAGCAUGUUGUAGCAACUCGUAAUAUUAGUGUAGGAGAAGUUUUAGUAAUCGAGAGACCUUAUACUUUGCAGCUGUAUUUAGAUCACAUUUAUACUCAUUGCUCUCAUUGUUUUGCAAGAGCAUGGGACAGUAUUCCUUGUCCUAAUUGUGUUUAUGCCAUGUACUGCUCUGAAUUAUGUCGAGAGGAAGCAUGGAAACAAUAUCAUGAUGUUGAAUGUUCUGUUAAAGGCUAUUUUGUUAAUAUGAAAAUGAAUGAUUGUUUAUCAUUUAGUCUGAGAUUAGCUUUAAUAGCCAUCAGAGAAGCUGGCAGCAUUGAAAAGCUUGAGGAAGAAUUAAACCGUAUUGAUGAUAUCAAAGGUGAGAGAAAAAGUUUUCACUAA